AUGUCAGUUUCAAACAUGAGAGAGAAGCCUCAGCCUCCUCACCUAGUUUUCCUUCCCAGUGGCAUCGGAAAUCCGGCUACAUUCUUCCGACUCGCUGCAGCGAUGGCAGCUCCACGCAGCUGCAGAGUCACCUUCAUCAACGUUCAACCUCAUCCCGUUGAUCCCGACUUCGCCAGCCAGCCAGGUGUGGAGCUUCUUGAUGUAGAUAUGCUAGCAGAUACCGACGACGCCACCACCAUCAGUGAUGAUCCAUUUAUCGCACGCGUUGCAACCAUCAAUCGUUCUCUCGAUCAACUAACCCCGAUUCUAGCUUCUAUACGCGCUUCCGCUGUAUUCUCAGACUUCGCUAUAGCAGCCACGCUUUCUCAAAUCUCCACUGAUCUCAACAUUCCUCUCUUGGUGGUUUCCACCACCUCGGCAAAGUUUUUAGCCGUGAUCACAAACAUACCGCGCCUGCUGUCUCAAGACCCGAACGUGUUCAGCGACUCUGCGGAAGAGAUUGAAGUGCAGGGAAUGCCAUCAAUACAGAAAGCCAACAUCCCUGCUGCUUGGCUAAAGAAAUCAUCAACAAAUCAUUUGCUAACAGAAUACCUUGUCCCAAAUGCACGAGCACUCUCAAGCGUGAGUGGCAUCCUCUUCAACACGUUCGACUGGUUUGAGCAAGAGACUCUGGCAGCCCUCAACGGAAGCCAGCCGCCACUUUUCCCUGUCGGCCCGCUUCAACCUUACCAGAAACUCGGAGGCCAGCAGCAUCUUCUCACAUGGUUGGGCGAAAAACCUGCUAAAUCAGUUGUGUAUGUCAACUUUGGCAGCCAGGAAGUAAUCUCGGAAGAUCAGAUGAGAGAGCUGCGAAAAGGGUUAGAGAUAUGCGGAUAUCAUUACCUGUGGGUGAUCUCUCAAGGCACGGCUUGCUUUGAGAGACGUGACAACAGGAUGAUAGUGAAAGGGGGAGUGGAUCAAGAGAGGGUUCUUACUGACCCUGCCAUUGGAGUGUUUGUGAAUCAAUGUGAAUGGCAGUCGAUUAUGCAGGCCACUUGGGAAGGGGUUCCGGUGUUGGCAUGGCCGCAACAUGGUGACCAGAUGAUGAAUGCAGAAGCUGUUGAAAAGACUGGUUUGGGAAUCUGGAUGAGGGAGUGGAACGGCCGAGGGGAGGAGGUGGUUGACGGGGACGAGAUUGGCCGAGUGGUUAGGCAGAUGAUGGAAGAUUUGGACAUCAACAAGGCAGCUAUGAUUGUGAGGGAAAGAGCCAGGGAAGCCUCUGAGAUUGGUGGUAGCUCUCAAAAGGCUUUAGACAAGGUCAUGCAGAUGUUUACUAGCAGCAACAACUAG